GGUUACACAAAUAUCUCAGAUUGUCAACUGUCCAUCAUCAUCUGUAAGCUCUCUAGAACUUAGUGGUGUGCUGUUUAAAUCCCUAUCUGCAAACCCGGCUAAGGAUUCAAGCUUUUCAACGGGCAAAGGUCUGCAGCCUGUGCCUGAAGUUGAAAACUAUGAAGGAAGAAAGAAAGAUAUACAGCACUGUGAUAUAACGCAUCGGCUUUUUAAGGUGAAACCUCCGGUCUCCUACAUAAAGAAAAAUUCAAAACUAUCUCCGGUAUUCUCAUCAGAUAAUAAACCAGUGAAUAUUGUUGAAAAUAAUAAUGUACAACAUUGUGAUAGUGCUGGUCAUAUUACCCACACUGAUGAAUUACUGGUACCCCAUACAGAAUGUAAGGUAAUUGCAUCUCCUGAGCUUUUCUCAUCACAUAAUGAAACUUCUGGCAUUGUUAAUAAUGAGAAAGAAGUAGGGCACUUUACCCAUAAAAAUGAUGCAGAGAAGACCUCAGAAUCAGUGAGCAGUAAAUCUCUUCAGCUUUUUUCAUCAUAUUAUGAAUCAAAUCCUGUUGAUUAUCAAAAUGUGGCAGGUAAUAUUACCCACAAAAAUCACUUAUCAGUGAUCUCUACCAAAACUAAGGUCAUGACUUCUCAGGUUUUAUCAACAGGUGAUGACUCGUGUGUUACAGUGCAUAAUGAGAAUGCAGCAGGUCAGCCAGUUAGUAGUAAAAUGCUUCAUGAAAGAAAAGAGUUAACCAGUUUAGUAGGAGACAGAAAAAGAGGUAGAGCUGUCAGGAGAACUGCAAGAAAGAUUGAUGUAAUUGAUAAAUCAAGUUUUCCAUCUAAUGCAAGAUGUAAGGAUACAAUGAAAGCAAAUGUUUUACUUGACCUUGAUGAAAAUAAUGAUUUAAGAAAUAAAGUCACCUUGAAUACCAAUCACAGACUUAAGAUACCUAUAAUAAAAUUGUACCGAAUCUCGGAUCAGCCAGAGCCCACUUUAACAGUCGAAAAAAUUUUUAAUUCUGUAAAUAAAUUAUCUCCAGUACAAAGUAGAGUAACUGAUUCAUGUUUGCACAGUUCCUCAGAACAAAGUGACAAUUUAAAAACCAGGUGUGUAUUUUCAUUGGACCCUAAAAUAACAAAUAGAAAAUCGGAGAACUCUCCAGGUUCUCAGCGUUCUGGGAAAUCGAGCAUUUGCACAAGUACUCCCGCAGAUGCUAAUAAGCACAAAACAGUUUUUAGCUUUAAUGCUUCUCCUUCAAAUGACAAUGUGCUUUCCCCUGUACCCUGGGAAAAUUAUGCCAUUUCUAUAGAUUCUUCAGUGUUUGAGAGCCCAAUGAUUCAUAAAGAAAAAAGUGCAGCAUUGUCAAAUGUAACUGGAGGCAGUUCCUCUUUAGGAAGUAGAUAUGAAACCUGUGUAACAUCUAAUAAAUGUGGUUUAAAUGUCGAUGCAAGUUUUAAAAUGGAAAAGAAUUGUGAAUCAGUAAAAGGCAUUAAUGGUUGCAGUGAAAUAAUGAAUGGACCAGAGGGAGCAUUUGUGCCUGUAUAUAACUUUAAAAGUAGCUUACAAACCGAAUUAACAUCAUCCCAGAUCCAAGUGACUCGUGAUAAAGAAGUGUCAAAAACAAGUACAACAAUGGAAAGGAGCCAAGACAAUUUUACAGAUAUAUCUCUGAAGCUGGGUAAUUUGAAAAGGAGGAAAAGAAAUAUGACUAAAAGACCACAAGUAAGGAGAUUAAAAUCUCCAGUAGACCUCUCUGCAGGAGGAGAAUCUGUAAUCCUAGUAGCAGAGAGAGAGGAGGAUACUGUUAGCAUAAACCUAAUGCUCUCAAGUAGGAAAAGAAAUAAAUCUGAAAGAGUUGCACAGCAGUUGAAAUUUGAUCACUCCUCAACAUGUUCUGGUCAUGCUGUGACGAGCACUUCUGAAACAGGUAAUAUAUCUAGCAGAUCAGCUGAAGUUGAGCAGUCAAUAAUUUUAACAAGAAAAUCAAGAGUGGCGCUUGGUAAAGAAAAUCGGCCACUUGUUGAACAGCGCUCCUCAUUUUGUAGAAGCAGAAAGUCAGAGAGAAUACAAAAGAGGAAGCACAAAAAUUUUUAUACUGCAGCUCAAAACCAGGAAUCUGAUAAUGAGCACUCUUCGUACCUCUCAAGGUCAAGAUUAAAAUGCAAUACAGUAAACAUUUCUGACACUGAACAGUCCCCUAUUUUGACAAGAAAGCGAAGGUCUUGUAGAUUGUUAAAAUGUGAAAAUACAAUUCCUUUGACUAUUGCUACAAAUGAACAGUGCUCACAGUUUCUUUCAGUGAACACUAAGUUGGAGAGACUGCCUUUGAGGGAAUAUAAUACUGGGCAUAGAAAUGUAAGAAAAGAGAAGGUAUCGAAUGUAAUGAAUACAAGCAAAUUAUUAGCAAAAAUGACAAAAGUUGGAUGCAGUAGCUGUAGAAUCGGCCGUGCAUCAUUUGGUAGUACAUCUAAGAAUUCUUUUAUUUCGGUCUUCAAGAAAGGCAGAAAAAGGAAAAGAAAUAAUUUGAUCUAUUAUAAGGCAAGCUGUAGUCGAGAAAUUAGUAAACCUUCAAUUUCUUCUGAAGAGUGUUCUUCAGGUAAAGAGAGUGAUUGUGAAAUUUUGGCAUCUUCUAGGGAUGAACCUUCAACUCAGGGAGAACUUAGCAUUGAGGCUGGAACCAUGGAACCAAAAUUUGGCUCGGUUGAAGCAUCUGAAGGAGGAUUGAUGGCGCUUCUGUCAUAAAACUGGAAAGUCCUAAUAAUCUAGCAGAAUUUAAAGAAGCAAGUAUUGAGUCUCGGGAAUGUAACUGCAUGUCUCGUGGUGUUGAAGCUGGUCAAGAAUUUAAUAAUGCUGGUAACAAAAGCUCCAAGUCUAUGAAAUCAGUGCACUCUAUUUCAAGUUUGACUUCUACCCAUGAACUUAAUGGUCAUGGAUUCAUGCCUGCUCUUGGUGAAAUGCUUAAGAUGUCGGGGACAAGAUGGAAAAGGCCCUUCAGAAGCACAGCAAUUUC